UUCCAUACAAACACUAUUCAAUUUCCUUGUGGUUGCCGUCUCUCUCUCUCCUUUUUAUUUAUUUUUAUUUUUAUAUUAUUAUUCGUUUGAUCUUAUAAAAAGUCUACCAUGUUUAUCUUCAACCUUCCAUUUUGAUCAUCUCCCUAAAAACCCACUAUUUUGCAACCCAUGUGUGUUCUGAAUCUCUUACUAACUAUGGAUUUAGACGAUGAGAGGGUUUCAAAAAGAAGGAAAACCAUGCUUGAAGAUGAUCGUGGUGUUGGACAGCAGACGACAACUGAGAUGGAAACCCUUCCCCAUGAAAUCAUCGUCGACAUACUGUCAAGGUUGCCGAUCACAUCUUUGGUGCAAUUCAAGUUCGUAUGCAAAGGAUGGCGUGCUUUAGCUCAAGAUCCUCUCCUUGCUGAUAUGCAACUUUCCUGGAAAGCUCCGACCACUAAUCCAUGCCUCAUCCUUCACUGCGAUUUUCCCAUCCGAAACCAGCUCUAUUUCGUUGAUUUAUCGGUUCACAAUCACAAUAAGGACAAGGUAAAAAGAUUAUAUGUGCCUUUCCAGACAUCGAUGCCUGAAUUCGAUGUAGUUGGAACAUGCAAUGGUUUAUUAUGCUUGUCUGAUUCAUUAUACAACGAUGCACUUUAUGUUUACAACCCUUUCACCAUGGAUUUCAUGGAGCUGCCAAAGUCUAGACAAUAUUCAGAUCAGGAAGUAGUGUUCGGGUUCGGGUUCCAUCCGAAAACGAAGCAAUACAAGGUAGUUAAGAUAGUUUAUUAUAGGAACACUAGUAGUAGUAGCUACAGCCGUGCCCGAAGAGUGGUUUAUCCACAAUCAGAUGUUCAGGUAUUCACCCUUGGAACCUCUGCAUGGAGGAGUCUAGGGAAAGUAGCGUACCAGCUCAUAAGGCGACCCUCUGAGGCUUUGGUUAACGGAAGGCUUCAUUGGGUGAGUAGGCCCCGGAGAUAUUACCCAGCUCGCCGCCUUAUGUCAUUUGACUUAGAGGACGAACAAUUCCGGGAGGUCCCGAAACCUGAUUGCGGUGGCCUAAACAGGUGUAACUUCCAUUUGUGUGUUUUAAGAGGUUUUCUUGCAGCAGCUGUUUAUGGGAAUUAUGGGAAAUUGGAGAUAUGGGUUAUGAAGGAUUAUAAUGUGAAGGAGUCUUGGAUAAAAGAGUUCAGCAUUGGAGCUUAUAUGCCGAAAUGUUUGAAACAAAAUUUGGUCCGAGAUAGGCCAUUGAAGAUAUGGAAGAAUCCUUCAAAUGGUAAAGUUGUUCGACUUCUUUGCUUACUAGACAACGGUGAAAUCCUGUUGGAGUAUAAGAACAGGGUUAUAGUCUCCUAUGAUCCCAAGAAAGGGAAAUUUACGGAUCUUGUAUUUCAGGGAAUUCCUCAUUGGUUUCAAACAGUUGUUCAUGCGGGAAGCUUCAAUUGGAUCAACAGCCCUUCUUGAUUUCUGAAAAUUGCUGCAAAUCAAAAAGUCUAUAUAUUUCAAUGUAUGUUUGUACUUGUUGAAUCUACAUUUAUUUCUUACCUUCAUGCAUCUCAUUGUAAUUUAUGAAUGUUGUUAAUAUCCAAUCCAAAUUUAGCAACUUUAGAUAUGAA